GGGAAACGUGCAUGCUACAGCUUUCUUCAAAUAACGCGACAUGACAUGCAAUUGCGAUUCGAACACGCUGCACAUUUAGGAGCGAGUCGAAAAUUGCCAACUGGAUCAGACAUGUAGGCGUCUUGCGCCUGGCACUUGCGACGACGACUGUAACACGUCGCGCUCGUGACCAUCCCAAGCUCAAGAUGAGUUCGCCAUCGUUGCCGUCCAUAUCAUCUCUUCAGCCGGCGUCACGGCCUCAGGGCUUUGUUACGGCAAGGUCCGUUCUUGCCGAACUCGAGUCGCAGACCGGCCACGAAGCUGAGGCGACAGAAGCGAUUGCCCCUCCUGGGAAGGCCAAGAGAGGACGACCCAAGAAGGCGGUCAAUGCAGAUGAUACUGCCGCCAAACCGCGGACUCGCAAAAGAACCACCACCACCGAGGGUCCCGACGCUGGUGACAUUGAGAAAGUCCCUCCUAAGCCCCGGACACGCAAGAGGCAGGGCGCAACGGCAACCGAACAGGAAGGCGCGACAGAUGCGCCCCCGGCUCCGAAGAGAGGACGUCCGAAGAAGGCAGCUGCCAUUGAAGACGCCGCGACUGCUAUAAACGACGAGUUUGUGGCUACGAAGGUUGUAGCAAAACGUGUCAGGAAGAAGACAACAGAUCCGGCGACCACCGUCGAAGCUGGCGAAAAGCCCAAGCCCCCGCGCAAACCUCGCAAGACGAAGUCACCGGCAGAAGCAGUCCCAGUUGCUGAUGAAAUAACUAUUGAACCCGAAGCGUCUGGUGUUGAUACCUUGGGGGCAGUCGACUCUGGCGUGUGGCCCAAUGCACAAGACGAAGCUGCGACUGACCUACUCGAACUUGAUGCAGCUCCAAGACGCAGACGCGAUUGGACCCCACCAACAGAAUCCGCCCUUCCGCCAUCCUUCCAGCAAAGUAGCGAGACCUCGCUUGACCCCGACUCCAAUGCUAUCCAAGUUGGCUUACAUGAGGAUGAUGCGAUUGAUGCUCCGCCAACCUUGGACUUUACUAAGUUGAUAGGCGACUUUGCAUACCAAGAGGACCAAUCUAGGCCCUCACCACCUCUCUCCCGAAAUUCGAGCGACAGCGUCACGACCAAACGCAAACGUCUGGACCCUGUCGAUGUGGCUGUAGUUGAAGCACCGAAGAAACGGAAGAGGAAGGCUACAGAACCAAAAGAGCCCAAGCAGCCCAAGGAACCAAAGCCGAAACCGCCUAAGAAGCCAAAGGCACCGAAGAAAAAGCCCCUGACCAUCACUGCCCUCGCUACCGCCGCUUAUCUCCCACGGCCUGAUGUCGCUGAAGCUGAUCAGGCUAAACUUAUCUCGGACUUUUUCCCACAACCGCAGCCUGGUGCUGACACUAUCGCUCAUACCGAAACGCAAGAGCCCACAAAACCUCAAGCUGCUGAAAAUAAGCCAGCACCCAAACGCAAAAGAGCUGCAAAGAAAGUUCAGAUCAGCGUGCCUGUGGUGCACAUCAAACUGGACUCUCCAGAAGCAGCACGCGAGAAUGCCAAAAGACAGCAAUGGCUUUUUGGCAGCUCGAGUCAAUUGGCUGGCGCAGAGUCUCCCACCGAGCUUCACGAACUCCAGCAAGCACUUAAGGAGUCUGAGGACAUGAUUCUGUCCCAGCAUGUGGACAUCUCACGCACGACAAGUUGUGCUCGCGUACCAUCUGCUCCUCACGGAACCAGCCUAUCUAUUGGACAGGCUGACAGAGUCCUGUGGUUGUCUGCUGCUAGAGACUUUGAAGAUUCGACUUUUGCCUCUGACGAGUCCCGCGAUGACAAUGACCUAGUGCUUACAAGCGGUGAUACGCAAUUACCAGAGCAUCCGCCGCGCAGCAGUAUUAAGUCUGCCCCUGAGACCCGCCGCACGGCAGUUAGGCCACAGAUUGAGGUGUUGACCAUAUCGUCGUCAGCGCCCAAGGAGCACGAGUCCCCAGACUCAGGGUAUGUCGAUAUUGAUCACACCGGUGGUGCCUCACCCCAGACAGCACAUGUGCCCAAACAGAUUGAGUCAGAUGUUAUUCCCAUUGACUCGGUAACUAAGAAGGGGCCAGCUGCCCCCGCAUCGCGUGAGGUCAUAUCUUUGGACACGACUCCAGAAUUGGAAGUUGCACCUCGACGAGCUCUUGGUGCUCGAGAUCCAAAUACAAAUAUCACGAAACAGACAAUCGAUCCAGAGAGUAAAGAGCUUGCUGUCUCUCCCAAGAAACCCAAGACGACAAGGCCAAAUGUAGUUAGUUUAGACUCUCCAGAAAAGCGGCCCGUUGGCCGCCCACGAAAAGUGACGGACAGUGCAGCUACACAGAGGUCGUCUCUUAUCGUCAGACGGGUGGUAGAUCCAUCCCCCGCUACUAGAGCAGACGCGAGGCGACGUUUCCUGGCCGCCAGUCCAAGUCCAGCCUCUCCUCGACCUUCGCAAGCAAGAUUACUUGAAGCGCUGCCCAGCCAGAGCCUUGUACUGUCGCCAUCCAAGCCCAGAGGAAGACCACCAAGACUAGGACCUGCUCCGAAGCUUGCCUCGCCAGUGCGACCAAGAGGACGACCUCGAAAAUCUGCUAGCCCUGGCGCCCUGCCCAUCUCAUCCCAGCUUCGCAAGCUUCCGUCCACGCCUGGCGCAUCUACUCGACAUGCCGCAAUCGCCGAGCCUUCUUCAGACUAUCUCGAUAUUGACGCCAUUACAGAUGCAGAAAUGGCUUCUCAAACUGCUUCUCCACCACGACGUCUUACCGAUUCACCACCAAAGGGAACACUACAAUUUGACAGGCCACCUCCACCACUUCUUCCAGCCAUGGUCUCGGCAACGGUCCGAUGCAGUUUGAAGCAAUUGCAAGCCGAGUGGCCCUCUAUCGCUCCAACAUUAUUUCCCAAAAUCACGCAGACGGUGCGCUCGACACCACCAAGCCGGGAUCACAAAACUCCUACAUGGCACGAGAAAAUCCUUCUCUACGAUCCCAUCGUGCUUGAAGAUUUGACCUUGUGGCUCAACGCCCAAGGCGUGCGAGUAGAAGUCAUGGUAUCCAAAGCAAAGGGAAAGAAGAAUGCUAGCGAUGUCGCUGAAGAGGCAAUGGAGAUGAUCAAGGAAGAGUUGCAGCCUUGGAUGGUGCAGAAAUGGUGUGAGGAGCAUAGUGUAUGUUGUUUGUGGAAGGAAGGAUUGAGAGGUGGUGUUAGGCAGAAGUAUUGAGUACCUUGUUCUUGGAAAGGUUUGGGUUGUUGUACAUAUUGCAUUGAUUGAAGGACCUGGUGUCUGGAAUACGGGUAAGCAUGAUUGGCAUUGGAUAGAUAUGAAUCAUUGCAAUUAACGUUAUUAUGCAUCUUUCGAUC